AUGCCGCCAAAAGGGAACCCAUUCGGUGCCUUGAUGGAUGUGGAGGAUGAUGAUAACAGUGAUGAGGGUCAGAAUGAUGGGCCAGAACUGAGAAGACUCCCAUCACCCGAAAUCACCCUCCCUCAUAGGCCCCUAAUAGUCAACCCCAUAUCGUUAGGGAAUCGCUUCUACGCGCGAGAGACCGUCGGCAGGGACAAAAAGGCCACUACCGGCCUAGAAGGCGAUCGAAUUGACGCCUUAAUAUAUAUAAAGGAUAUCACCAGAAAUGCAGCCAGCAAUGACGAUUUAACACAGCGGAUUAAAACGCAACUUACUGGUCUUCAAGAAUACUCGCGCGAAUAUGACUACGUGGUGAAAAAGCAUAAGCGGAUCCAAGUUAAUAACGAAGGAUUGAGAUUACUGUACGACAUGGACGAACUUAUCCAGACUGUGAAGAGCUUGGAUGCAUACGCUCGAGAUCGCGAUAUGACCAAUAGCGUUAUGAACUACUUCAACAAUCUUCUUGGAGCACAGGGCUUCGACAUGAGUAGUUACAGAAACACUGGAAUCUAUGAGGAUUUCAUGGAGCAAGUCUACCUCGGCUAUCUCGGCCGCAUACGGUUUAUGAAAGAUUACAUAUUUCAGGAUAGUUCUUAUAAUCCCCAAGAUAAUGAUCCGAUAUGGCCUUUCGCGGAGCCCCAACUGAGCCUUCUUGUCCGUCAUUUUAAUACUCGCGUCCAUGGGCCAAACUUUCGAAGCGACUUGCGGUGUGUGGAGUGGUUCAGCGGUUGGUACCAAGUUCUCGGCGAUACAAUGCGCAAGACAGAACGCCCAGACAGAUUCGUCGAUGGCGAUGACGAGAGAAACAUGCAGUGGCUUUACUACCGCACCUAUGGGGUCGAAGUUAAAGAUGCGGAAAUCCUAGUUUCUUCCACGGAUUUCGAAUAUGACGUUGAGAUCAUUGAAAGUUGGAUCGCAUGGAAACACAUGACCGAAACCCUACACCCCAGACACCAGAACCCUACCUUGCUCCUCGUACACCGUGAUUUUUAUUUACCAUGGAUUGCACAACUGGUGAGCUCUAUCAGCAUGCUCCAGCCCGGUUCAGGGAAAGCAGGUAUGGCCGACCAAAGCAUUUACAACGAGGCCGUUCGCAAGCGACACGCAUUAAUAGACUAUGUGGACACUUAUUGUGAGAAGAUAUGGGCAAAUAUCGGUCGGCGGAAUACAGCGGCGGUACCAAGGGAACGAGGUGUCUCUCAAGCUAAGGAGAACCAGCUAGCCUACGAGACCAACGGAUGGCUGUGUAGCGAUCAUAGGAAGCCCAUCACAUUAUACGAAUGCGAGUAUCCAGGUUGCACCAAGAAAUCCGCCUACCCGGACCAACAGGGACCUAAAUACUAUUACGAGAUCAACGAACAGAGCCUACCGAAUGGAUACGUCUCCAACGGAACCGCGAUAUAUCCAGUCCGGGUACAAUAUCAAUGGCAUACAGAGCCUUUGGAUUCCGAUCAUAACCUAACCAGAGACGCGCCAGGCAAAGUUCCAAACCAAGCAGAUAUUGCUCGAAUAAUUCCUCGUGGACCCGCUGAACGUUUCAACACCCACCCGGCAGCUCGAACCGAUGUCCAAUAUGAUCCUACUGAUCCAAGAGGUAUGCACUCCAGACUGUUUUUUGUUAAUCACGCUGAUUACAACCGAGAGGACAACACGACCACUCCAUUCUUUAGAGCUCCUAAUCCUCCAGGUGGGGGAGGCGGUGGAGGUGGAGGGGCGGCCAAAGCCCAGGCGUACUAUAGCGAAGAUUCAAGCUCCAGCUCAGAAGGAGGUUGGCGUCGGGCGGCGACUUUGCUACAGGAGGACAUCGCUAGGAAACAGACGGGAAUAUCCAGGCCGUUGAGCACCCCGAAAAGAGGUCGAUUUUCCCCGUAUGAGACGCUAUCUGCGCCGAAUGAAGCACGGAAGAAGCGGCGUUGGCGUUGA